AUGAAUUCUGUUGGUACAUUUGCAUCAUUAGCAACAUUUUAUAUAUUAAAAAGUCUUGUUAAUGUAUUUUGUGGAUAUGUUCCUGAUCUUGGUAUAUGUGGUCCUGCUGAUCCAAAUAUUUUACCAUUAUUAUGGAAAUGGCUUGAUGAAACUUUAGCAGAAGAACAAACGCAUCAAUUAAUGAUGAAUUUAUUAGUCACUGGAACACAUGUACCUUUUCUAUUUCCAGAUGAUCAAUCAUAUACUGAUUAUCAAUAUUAUACAAAUGAUCCAUGUAUAAAUGCUUAUCUAAAUACAUUAAUAACAACUGAUGAAUUAUUUGGAAAAAUUAUUCGUGGUUUUAAAUCACGAAAAUUAUAUGAUGAAACACUUUUUAUUACUGUGAGUGAUUAUGCUGAUGUAUUUAAUGAUCAUGAUAGUCAAACAGUUGGUUUAUUAUCAAGUUCUCCUUUAGAAUCAGCAUUUUCAGUUCCAUUACUGCUUCAUAAUCAAUAUCUUCAAGCUAAACAACUUCAUGUAUCAUCAUCAUCAUCAUGGAAAAAAAAGAAAUUAAAUAAAAAAUCAUCUAAUCGAUUAUUAUCAUCUGUAGAAAAUCGACAAUUAAAAACAACUUUAUCUAUAUCUGAACGGACAUCAAUUCUUCGAAGACCAAAUCAAUAA